AACCUCUCGGGGCACCUGUGAUGCUGGACACCCCACCUCCCCCCUUUUCUGGGUCUUUAACAAAUGAAGUCACACCCAGACUGUGGAGGAUGUUGGGAAGCUGCGAUGAUUUAAACUGGGAUGUAGAAGCGGAAACAAGCGGGCAAAUCUGAGACAGAGCGGCACCAGCAGCAGCAGCAGCAGCAGCAGCAUCAGGACCAGCAGCAGCAGCAUCAGGACCAGCAGCAGCAGCUCCAGGACCAGCAGCAGCAGCAUCAGGACCAGCAGCAGCAGCUCCAGGACCAGUCGGCGGAUGGAGAUGCGUUGUGAAGGCGGAGGAAUCAUGGUGAUAUAGCAGGUGCUGCAGGGUUGUGCCGCAUUGCCUGGCCGCCGAGAGCGACGCCGGGGAAGACGGUGAUGCUGUCGUCGUCAUUGUGCCACAGGAAGAGCGAGAACGCGAGGAGAGGCUCUGACAUGGAGGGAAGCGGCUGUCUGUCGGCCUCGGGCCGCCCGCACCAGCAGGUUGGAUGCACUGAAGCCUGAAGCCUCCAGGACCCGAUUCGUGAUCUAAAAGCAUCCGGACAAAGUUGAAUUCUCUGAGGUGGAAAUGAAAUGCGUCCGUGCGUAAAAGUGGCCGCUGGCCCAUAUGUUGAUAAUGCAUCGCAGGAGCAUCAUAGCAGCAGCAUCUGUGGCAGUUCAGGGUGGAUUACAGAGCAGCAGGCCUCCAUCUGAAGUCGGCGUCUGAUCCGGGAGCAGAACCUCCGCACACGCUUCUUCUCCCUGUUGCUGCAGGAAGCCGCUGGUUGGGUCGCGGUCCCCCGCGGAGGGACAGCUGUUGCAGAGGAUGACUCACCUGCAGGCUGGCCUCUCUCCGGAGACCCUGGAGAAGGCCAAGGCGGAGCUGAAGGAGAACCCGGAGACUCUGCACCAGGACAUCCAGGAGGUCCGGGACAUGAUCAUCACCCGGCCGGACAUCGGCUUCCUCAGGACAGACGACGCGUUCAUCCUCAGGUUCCUGCGGGCGCGGAAGUUCAACCACUUCGAGGCGUUCCGGCUGCUGGCUCAGUAUUUCGAGUACCGGCAGCAGAACCUGGACAUGUUCAAGAACCUUAAAGCCACGGACCCGGGCAUCAAGCAGGCCCUGAAGGACGGGUUCCCCGGGGUGCUGUCCAACCUGGACAGAUACGGCAGGAAAAUAAUGGUCCUGUUCGCAGCCAACUGGGACCAGAGCAGAUACACGUUUGUGGACAUCCUGAGGGCGAUCCUGCUCUCGCUGGAAUCUAUGAUCGAGGAUCCAGAGCUGCAGGUCAACGGCUUCAUCCUCACCAUCGACUGGAGUAACUUCACCUUCAAGCAGGCGUCCAAGCUGACUCCCAGCAUGUUGCGUCUGGCCAUCGAGGGGCUGCAGGACAGUUUUCCUGCCCGAUUUGGAGGAAUCCACUUUGUGAACCAGCCGUGGUACAUCCACGCUCUGUACACGGUCAUCAGACCCUUCCUCAAAGACAAGACCAGGAAGAGGAUCUUCAUGCACGGCAACAACCUGAACAGCCUCCAUCUGCUGAUCCACCCUGAGAUCCUACCGUCGGAGCUCGGCGGUAUGAUGCCGCCGUACGAUAUGGGCACGUGGGCUCGAGCGCUGCUGGACCACGCCUACGACGAGGAGACGGACUACUGCCCGGAGUCCUACACCCUGUCAGUGCAAGACCUGGAGAGAGACCUGGAGAAGAACCUGUCCCCGAAAACCAUGAAGAGGUCUCAGUCGGUGGUGGAGCCCGGCGUCCUGAAACGACCGGACAAGGUCAAGAGCGGAGAGGACAACAUGCAGCCGCUGCUCUCGCUGGACUAAACCACACAUUUACAGCUCAACAAAAAAAUAAUCCCCCCCCCCCACAUCAGUAUUCACACACACUGAUACUCCACCAGACUUACCUGUGCACAC